CAAAGCCUUAAUUGUGUGAUUAUUUUUCCAUUUGUAUCCAUCUUUAAUCAUAGUUAAAAUGGUUGGAUGAAUAAAAAUAUGAUUUCUAGUGUUUUUUUUUUUUUAUAAUCUCUCGAUCAUGAUGACAUCACGAAAGAUCCUUGAUGAUGUAAAGACCUGGAGUUUCUGAUUCUGAUUCCCUGUCCACGUUAGAAUUUGUGAGAGAAGGUCGGCAUGCCAUCAGCUGUUAGAACUCCAAAAAAAGUUGUUCAUGGUUCGAGGUAGCUUCAUGCACACAUUCGAGUCGACCACGGAAAGCCAAAACUUGCAACUCUCUUAAGCAGUUGUUAGUCUUCCAAUUGGCAGAGAGUUGCCCCACGUGGUGAUGGCGUUGCCACAAGUCUGGAAGCCACGCAUCUUGAAGACCUCAAACAGCUCCUUUUUGGAGGCUAAAGAUAUCUCCUUCCUACCUCCAUCUUUCUGAGGCCACGCAUCUUUUAAGGUUGGGUUGCUGCAAAAGAAAUGGCGGCUGUGGUCAGAAGAAGAGAACAAAAAGGGCUUUUGUAUGGCACGUCGCCAAAGACGGAUGAUGGGAUUCUGGGCUAAAUGCAAUGUAAGGAGACCACCCAAGCCAUUGGGGCUGUAAACCUAAUUCAACGGGCAGACUAAGAAGGGGAUAAAGAUAUCAUCAGUCAAGGGCUGCUGCUGAACGAUGGUGGGAGGGAGCAAUCCAUUUGAAUGCACAAACUGGAUUUCUAGUGAAAGGCUUAGCUGAUCAUUCGGUGAGAUCUCAUUCAUACUCUGCAAAGUCAAUGAUCUGAUAAAAUUCUUUUUUUUAUCUAUCAGUUAGGCUAGACAAAUAUUUUUUUUUUGAAAUUUACAUUGAUCCUCCCAAUCUAUAUUAAGUAAAUCAGAUGCCUCACUAUCAAGCUAAUAUUUUUAAGUAUAUACAUAUAUAUUUUUUUUUGAAUAAGACUUUUGAAUCCUAAAUCCAAGAGAAAGUGAGUCUGGCUACAUUAUUAUUAUGCUUCUUCUUCUUCUUCUUUUUUUCUUUUCUUUUUCGAAAUGGACAAUUUUUUUUUUUUAUAUUUUUAAUUUUGGUUGGCCUUUUUAUACUUUUAUGAUGUCAUAAUGCGUGAGAUCGACAUUAAUACAUACUCUUUCAAAUCUUGUUCUUUUAGUUUCCGAAGAAAUAAUGUUACGUGUAGGAACAAGAGACUCUUUUGCUGCUGUUGAAAUGAGUUAGAGAGAGAGAGAGAGAGAGAGAGAGAGAGAGAGGCAAAGAGUGAGUUCUAUAAACGUAAGGGAGAGGAAAAGAAAUAAAGAGAAAGAGGCAAAGAGAACUUUUUGAUGUUCUCAAUUAACCUCUUUUGAUGGUAUCUAUCAAAAAAAUUCAAAAGGUUUUCUGGUAUGGUUGGUAGAAGGUUAUAUAUUACGUGCCAUAAUGUUCUCACUCGGAGACCAUUCAUCUUCGUCGUCUGUUUCUUUUCUGACUCUGCACCGCCGCUUCAUCUUUCAAGCAUUUUCCGGCCGCGAUUCCAAGCCAUCCAAUCUACCCAUUGAACAAUCAACGACACUUUAGAAAAUUAACCCCAGUCAACAUCCAUGCGCUUCACCUGUUUGUGUGUAUAUAAUCCCCGGCACCGCCCCCACGUUGCUGUUUGUGUUUUUGCCCAUGGCUUCUUCUUCCUCCUCCACUCUCUCCGUGCCCAACUAUCCGGCCACUUCGCUUAAAACUCGUCCAUGCGGCCCGCGCCAGGGCAUGUCCCUCCUCGCCCCGCAGGGCCCGCCUUUGGCCGCCCCGGUGCUCCACUCGCGCCCGGUAAGGACGCCCGAGGCCAUCGGCGGCCUCGCCAGCGUGUGGAGGAAGAUCCAUGGCGCCGACGACUGGAGCGGCCUCGUCGACCCACUCAGCCCGCUGCUGCGCGAGGCGAUCGUCCGCUACGGGGAGCUCGUCGCCGCGUGCUACAAGGCGUUCGACGUCGACCCCACCUCCCCCCGCCACCUCAACUGCAAGUACGGAAAGCGCCGCAUGCUGCGGGAGGUCGGGCUGGGCUCCUCCGGCUACGAGAUCACCAAGUACGUGUACGCGACGCCGGGCGUCGGAGUCCCCAUGCAGGCCGGCGUCCGCUGCGGCCGGUGGAUCGGCUACGUCGCCGUGUCCUCCGACGACGACGCGCGGCGGCUCGGCAGGCGCGACGUGCUCGUGAGCUUCCGCGGCACCGUAACCGCCACCGAGUGGAUCGCCAACCUCAUGAGCACGCUGACGCCGGCCAACCUCGACCCCCACGACCCCCGGCGCGACGUGAAGGUCGAGUCGGGCUUCCUCAGCCUCUACACCUCCGCCGACGCCACCUCCAGGUUCGGCCCCGGUAGCUGCCGAGAGCAGCUGCUCCACGAAGUCUCCCGCCUCAUCGACAAGCACAAGGGCGAGGAGAUGAGCAUCACAGUGGCCGGGCACAGCAUGGGGAGCGCCCUCGCGCUGCUCUUCGGGUACGACCUCGCCGAGCUCGGCCUCAACCGGCUCCGCCUCCCCCAGCGAGAGAUACCCAUCGCGGUGUACUCCUUCGGCGGGCCAAGGGUCGGCAACACCGGCUUCAAGAAGCGGAUCGAGGAGCUCGGGGUGAAGGUGCUGCGGGUGGUGAACGUCCGCGAUCCGGUCACCAAGCUGCCGGGGCUGCUUCUGAACGAGAACUGGAAGGCCUUCGGGGGGAGCUUCGAGCUGCCAUGGAGCUGCUCCUGCUACGCUCAUGUAGGAGUCGAGCUGGAGCUCGACUUCUUCGAGAUGCAGAACCCUGCGUGCGUCCAUGAUCUGGAGACCUACAUAGGCUUGCUGAAGCGCCCCAAGGUGGUACAAGUCCACAAGGAGGGUAUGGAUCUACUGGCCAAGGCAAGGAUGCUGCUGAGGAAGAAGACGAAUAAGAAACUUCCGGGAUGGCCAUGGCCAGAUGCAGCAAGGCAGGUGGGUAAUCUGGCACAGUCUCUGAGACUGAUCUGAGGAGAAAAGCUCACACAUCACUCAUCGUUUUUUUGCUUCCAUGGUGGGUUGGGAGUUCUCUGCAUUUUAUUCUUUGCAAUUGAUGAUUAUAAUUGUUUCAGUCUCUUUAUGUAUUCUUUAAGUUGUAAAUGAUGACAUUUAUAAUUCAUUUUUUAUGUAUUCUUUAAGUUCUUUCAA